AUGAUAGACUCGCCAUUGCUAACAGGUAUUUCCAUCAAAGCCCGACGGGCAUUGGCAGCACCCGCACGCCAGGCUUGCCUACGAGCUCUAUCAACGCAGCCGACACCAACAGGCGUCGCCGACCUGACCGACCCGAUCCUCCAACCCCCCAACGCCCAGACGCCGCAGCCGCCAUCGAUAUUCACCGCCAAUGCGAAGCCCGGUACGCGGCGGAAGCGGCCGGCCGCCCCCGACACCACCGUCCAGGACUACCAUCGAGCGCUGGACCUGAAGCAGCAGCUGGGCCGCGUCGGCUCGCGCGUUGAGCGCACCUACCGGCCCGCCGAUGUCUUCCUGAACCCGCCGGGCCCCAAGGACGUUACGCUCGAACUGCUGAUGGCCAGCCAGGCGCACAUGGGCCACCACACGUCGCUGUGGAACCCGGCCAACGCGCGCUACAUCUACGGCGUGCGCCAGGGCAUCCACAUCAUCUCGCUCGAGCAGACGGCCGCGCACCUGCGCCGGGCGGCCCGCGUCGUCGAGGAGGUCGCGUACCGUGGCGGCCUGAUCCUGUUCGUCGGCACGCGGCCCGGCCAGACCCAGAUCGUGACACAGGCCGCGCGCAUGUCGCGGGCCUGCCACCUCUUCACCAAGUGGACGCCUGGAUCCAUCACGAACAGCGAGGUCAUCCUCAACGGCAUGCAGAUGCAAAUGCUGGACGAGCAUGACGAGCCGAUCGAAGGCUUCCACAGGCAUCUGAACGAGCGACGCCCCUUGGUGCCCGACUUGGUCGUCUGUCUGAACCCCCUGGAGAACUACGUACUGCUGCACGAGUGCUCGCUGGUCAACGUGCCGACUAUUGGUGUGGUCGAUACGAAUACUGAGCCUACGUGGGUUACGUAUGCCAUUCCGGCGAAUGACGACAGUCUACGAUGCCUUGCCGUGGUCGGUAGUGUGCUCGGCCGAGCAGGCGAGGCAGGUCACCUACGCCGCCUCGACGACGCGAAGAAGGGCUCCGUGGCCUGGCAGACGCCCCUCGAUGUCCAGAAGUUCAUGGAGAUCGAGAGGCAGAAUGCCGAGAAGGACGCGAUGAAAGAGGCCAGAAACCCUGGGCAUGAUUCACUUUCUAACGAUGGUGAGCGUGGGCAGAAGAAGGCUGCGGCGGAUUCUCUGUCGCAGGAGUUUCCGCAGAUUGCAGACUUCAAUAGUUCAAGUUCGAGAUAG